AAUUGAAGGUCCGAAAAUUUGUUAGUAUUGGGCUCGGGUUUACCCGUAUAAUAGCCGGUUGCACGGCCGACGGCCUAUUUGGCCACCACAAACUGCUAGGCUGCUAGCCGUGGAAAGGAUGGCUGGGAAGGAAGAUGAGAAGCAGGAGCGAGACGAACUAGCGGACUCACUCAACGAUCUCUUCACCAAUCUCUCCACCAUGAUCAAAGGCGACCUUCAGGGGACAAACAAUCUACUCGAACUUUUGGAGAAGAUGAAUCUCAGGGUGACUGAAGAGUAUAAAGGCUUUGGUGAUGUGGCUUCCGGGCUAAGGGUUUUCAUGGAGCAGCUCAAGGCCAAAAGUGGUAGCUUUGAUGAGUAUGUUCAGCAAAUUGAUGCAAUUGAGCAACAAGUAACAGAGUUUGAAGCUGUAAUUUCUAUGCUUGAUAAAUAUGUUUCUUUGUUAGAAUCCAAGGUUCAACCAUUUUACCAAGUUCCACCUUCGUAAACACAGUCUCUCAUUGCUGAAAUUAACUUCUACGUAUUUAUUCAUCAACGUCUAUUGUGGUGUUGUCUCCUGGUUCAUUUCUGAGGAGAAAGAUCACCGUCUCAUCUGCUCUGCUGCAUUAUUAUGUGCAAUUGGACUGGAAACCGUUCUACUGAAAUCCAUGGUGUGUAUUGCACAAA